UACUUAGGUAGAUUGUGCAUAGGUGCAGGAUAUUGCUUUAUGUCGUCGCAUUUUAUAAAGGCCUGCCAAUUCAAACAUGUAUGAAAGUAAUAAGGCGCGAUUGUCAUUAGCGCGUGGAUUGCAGCGAGGAAAGCUUCAUCGUGGAUUGUGUAGCUACAGAGAGUGGGUAUAGGCCAACAUGUUUAAUACUUGUAGUUGUUAUUCAGGCAUAUAAGUAUACAACAGGCAAAUUGUGUGUCCAACAACUUCUCGCAGUCUGACUGUUGGUCGCGAUCUACGCGCGUGCUCGACAGGUUGUCAUAAACGACUAUACAUGUAUACAUUUAUCGCAGUUCAUAUGCACGUAUACAAUAUAUAGUAUAGAUAGAAUAGGAUAUAGUGUUAGUCGUUGUGCCUGUGCUGUGCUACAAUCUACACGAGUAAUAUACACAUGCAAGCGACGAUCGUGUCAGUGUGAAUGUAUGCGCGCAAUUACGAAUGUGUGUUAGCGUGCGUUAUACAUAUACUACAGUGUAUAGUAUGCGAGGCAUCAAGAGUGUGUGUACUGUGUACUGUGCUGUGCUUUGAGAGGCAGAGCAGCGAGCGACCAGCCGCGGCUACUAGCGUCUAUUAAACACGCACGCACACACAUCGUCACACGGCGCCAACACUCACCUAUUAUUCACCAGAGACAGAAUGACAGAGGCACUCCCAUCAUUACCGCUGGCAAUUAUUUUUCAUUCGAAAUACUUGCAUUUGUAGAAACUCGAGGAGGAUGAACGUCUUCGCGUCCAGCGGCAGCAUCCAGCUCGUUAUCAACCUCGAGAAUCGCUAAGGGCCUGCGGAGAGACUCUACGAUUCACACAUGCCUCUGAGCAUAAAGCCAGUGGAUCGUCGUAUCGCUCCAGGAAAAGCCCCAGAUAAGUCGUAAUCAUGAGUAGCUGGACUGAAAGGAUGCACAAGCGUGCCGCGACCCUUGGCAAUGUUGUCACCAGCUGUGGUCAUCCUUCCUCCGUCUCGCCUUAUCCCAGACGACUCGAGAAAGUCAAAUUUGGUGUACCACUUGAUGAAGUGUGCAAAAAUGAUAUUCCUGGACCAUUAUUGGUUCUUAUAUUGAAACUCAAUAAAGAAGCACCACUUCGUAAAGAUGUUUUUAGAGCUCCAGGUCACCAAGGAAAUAUGAAAAAACUAAUUCAUUUUCUUCAAACUGGAAGAUUAGUCAAUAUGGAUAAUUUUAGUGUUUAUACAAUAGCUAGUGUUCUAAAAAAGUUUUUAAGGAAAAUACCAGGAGGAAUUUUUGGAAAAGAAGGAGAGCAGCAAUUGUUUAGCGUUAUUCAACUAGAAAGUAUAGAACAUCAAAGAGAUCAGAUUCAUAAAUUAAUUACCUCUCUCCCUCUGUAUACUCAACGACUGUUAGUAUUAUUAUUUGGAACUUUCAGAGUAGUGGCCGUUAAUAGUGAAAGAGCAAGAACUGGAAUGACUAGUGAAGCUCUUGGAGUUUCUGUUGCCCCAUCAUUUUUUCAAAGCUGUGUCAGUGAUGGUAAAACUGCCAAGAUGGAAGAUGUUUUAAGAUUUAAGGUAGCCACAAGAGUAAUGAAAUUCAUGAUAGACAAUUUCGGGGUAUCUAAUUUGUUUGGAAGAGAAAAUUAUGAAUUCUACGCACGAAUUACUGGUAGAAUUUUGAAAGUUGAAGAAGAUUGGAUAUUCAGUUUCAGAUACCCUCCAGAUACUUUAGUAUCUCGACAAUUGUCUCUAGAGGCAGAGAAAACUUGGUUGCAAUAUGAAUGUGAGAGAUGGGGCCUGAAGUUUAAUCUAGAAUCGAUGUCACAUCAGGAAGAAUCGCAAUCCACACCAGCAUUGAUUCAUGUACCUGAAGCAUUAGAGCUUACAUCAUCUCUUGGAAUGAUUCCAGAAAAUACUCUCCUAGAAAGUUAUACACGCCUUUCAGUCAGUUUAGAAGAAAAUGGUUUCUUUCAAGCUUCAAGUAGAUCCUCGAGCAAUGGCAGUCAUCACUCCCGUCACGCUGAAAUGACACUGGAUGAACUUCGGGCGGUAAAUCGUUAUGCAGAAAGUACAAAGAGCCUCAGCUAUUUGCCUCAGGUUCACGAGAGGCAAACUGCUCGCAUGCGGACAAGAUCAGAGUGGUUUUUAACUCCUGUCGGGGAAAGAAUUUCUGUGACUGACAGCGAUUCUUCUGCACUUCAUGUAUUACGAGGUUCCAAUCGGUCCUCUUCUGGCAAUAUCGCAUCGGGACUGAGUGCAAGCGCCGAGUCGGUAAAGCGUCAAAGCGUUCGUCGCAAUUCGUCGCGCGAAAAAUCAAGACUGCAACGCAGCAGCUCCCGGCGCAAUAAAGAAAAUGGGGCCAAGUCAACCAGAAACAGCUCGGACAGCGCGAAAUCGCGUUCGCUCGAGACAGUCAAAGCAAACAAGUCGGUUUCCAGAGUCAGCGUACAAGAUCACCAACCUGCCGAAAAAAUUCACAAAAACGAAGCAGAAGCGUCGCCAGAACAACUAAAUCAGCAGACUAACAAUAUUGGACCGCAGGAUUGCACCGAGAUGGACGUACAGACGUUCCAUGUCACUCUUACGUAUAAGCCUCGUAUUUAAAACGGCUCUUAAUUUCGAUCGACACUAAAUUUCUUCUAAUAUUGAGACUGAUGCUCUUGUACUCCUCUUUUUUUCAAUUUUCAACUCAUCUAUUAUCAUUGAUUCUCUUGCACCUGUGAAAUGAAUUUACUUUUUUUUAUUAAUCGUGAGUAUGAAUUUAGAAGCAAUUUUUUCACUCUCACUUUUUAUAAUGAUAUUAAAAGGCAUUAACAUAAUUCACCUAAAUAUUUAAGUAGAAUGAUUAUUUAGAGGGUACACGAGCACACUUACAGCCAGUUUGUUAGGUGUUACAUAAGUGAGUUGAACUAUGAAGCCAAAUUUUCUAACGAAUCAAGUUUGUAUAUUAUUAUACAAGUCAUUUCAACAUAAUUUUUUAUACGUGAAAAUUUUUAUAUGAACUUUAUCCUUUAUUUUAAGCCCUUCGUGUAUAUAUCCUGGACCUCUAGAAAUAUUUGGAGUGUUCGGUAUUUCUACUAUUCCCAGCUAAUUAUAUUUGAUUUAUGUGCGUAUAGGUACGAAUUUGAAUUGUCUUAUUUCCUCAAAUUUAAAAAAUAAUUAAUCCAACAUCUUCAAUCGCCCAACGAGCGUUAUAAACUAAAAUUCAUUAUUGAUUGAAAUCUGAUUUUGGCAUUCCAAACAAUUCCAGAGCGAUCUCUUUAUUAUCAUAAUAACAUAAAUUAAUACAAGUAUGAGGGCUUGUGAAUAGAUUCCACAAUAAAACCGAAACUGUUACCAGAAAUUUUCCGGUGACCUAGUAAAAAAUUAUGUCCUAUGCAGCAGGUAAAUGCAUAUCUUUUAUCUUGGUCAUUAAAAAUAUUUAUCGGUAUUUUCAUAACGUAAUUGAAAAUUCUGCAUAAUUGGAAAUUUUAAGUUUAUUUUUACCACAAAAGAAGAGAUUUAAGAAAAAUGUGCUGAAAGUUUUGUACAAAGUCAUUCAAUUUCGAAAAAAAUAAAACAGAAAACUAUCUUAAAA